GUGACGUUCCUGUCCCCAGGGUGCCGUUCCCGGGUGGCGCUGUCACCAUGAGUGCAGAGACGCUGGUGAAGGACGUCAAGCCGGGCCUCAAGAACCUGAACCUCAUCUUCAUCGUGCUGGAGACCGGCCGGGUGACCAAGACCAAGGACGGUCACGAGGUUCGCACCUGCAAAGUGGCCGACAAGAGCGGCAGCAUCAACAUCUCGGUGUGGGACGAUGUGGGGAACCUGAUCCAGCCUGGGGACAUCAUCCGCCUCACCAAGGGCUACGCCUCGGUGUUCAAGGGCUGCCUGACGCUCUACACCGGCCGGGGAGGAGACCUGCAGAAAAUCGGAGAGUUCUGCAUGGUUUACUCCGAGGUGCCAAAUUUCAGCGAGCCCAACCCCGAGUACGUGGCGCAGCAGGCGCAGGGCAAAGGGGUGACCCCCGACAGCCAGAACGGGAACGGGCUGGGCCCGGGGGGCCCCCCCGCGCACCCCCCGAGCGGCCGCAUCACCCGCAGCCAGCCCGGCCCCGUCAGCAACGGCAAAGAGACGCGGCGGAGCGGCAAGAGAUAA